UGAAGAAGAAGGAGAGAAGACGUCUGCGGUAGUGCGUAACACCGGGAGGUCAUGUUUUCAGUUCACGGCGCGUCCGUCUCCAUCAUGCUGUCCUGCGUCUUGGCACAAACCUUCUGCCAGGUCGCUACUGAAGCCAACAGCAGGUUUUACCCGACUCUUGGUUUGGUUUUUCGGGCUUUUACAACCUCAAGUCCCAAAUGCGGGGAAGCAUCCGAAAAUGCCUCGGUGGUGACCUACUCGCAGCUGAAGACCAUGCUGUCAAACCGGGACGUUCAGCUUUUUGAUGUGAGAAAUCCUGAGGAAUACCAGGCAGGACGCAUUUCAGAGGCUGUCAACAUCCCACUGGGCACCCUGGAGGAGUCUCUACAGCUUUCCCCCGAGCUCUUUCAGCAGAAGUUUGAAGUGAAGGCGCCUCAAAAGGACGACGAUAACAUUGUGUUUCACUGCGCAAAGGGCAGCAGGAGCCUGAAAGCGUUGGACAUUGCCCAUCGGCUGGGAUUUAGCAGGGCGAGACAUUACAAAGGAGGCUACGCUGAGUGGGUCGAGAAAGAAGGAAAAUGAACCCGGGAUGAAAUCUGCACGGCAGUUUCCUCGUCUUUACACACAACAUACAUAACAGAUGUUACACUUGAGCAACCUCAGUGGUACGAUUUUAUAUCACACUGACUGUUUUAAGUUGUUCCAGCCAUCCAUCAGUGAUUCUAAAUCUCCAUUUAACCUGCAAUGAAUGUCGUUGGACUGUAAGAGGAGACCGAAGUUCAAGCUCUGUAAGUUCUGAGUUAAAUUAACCAUUUCCUGUCACUUUCUAAGUUUCACACUGGGUUCAUAUCAGCUGUUCAACCACAAGUGUACUUUUAUUCUGCGUAGAGACAGAAUGUGCAACAAACUGGUUCAUGUGACAACAAUUUAAAAUAAAUUUUAAUAAAGAUUAAA